AUGGCGACACCAGAGCUCAACGUGAACUUCGCUUCCGAGUCACCUACCUUGGACGAGAAGAGUCAUCGAACCGACGACAAGGACGUGACCAGUAAGGCUGAGAUGGUGCCGCCGCGUAUCGCUGAGCGUCCGCUUUCAUGCCGGACGCGUUCUUCGACGGGAUUCUACGAUAAGCGCAUGUCGACCGCUUCGUUGCGAAUUAGGAGCAGUCGACGUAAGAAGCCUCGGGCUGGCGACAGACUGUUCGACGCAUGUCGUCGCCUUCCACUCAUUGUCAAGACAUUACUGGCUGUCGUUCUGACAGGCCUACCGUUUGCCAUUUUCACGGUACUUGCUUAUGUCAAGUACAAGGACGACUUUGUUGGUGAUGGCCACCUUAGUGUCACCUACAAGAAUCUUGCCAUCUGGCUUGAUGUGGCAUGGGCCGGAUUUGUGGUCAUCGUUGGGCUUGCCGAGUGCUUAGGUCGCUUCUUUUCGUGGCUCUGCCACACUUCGACUGCCACCGUCAAGUAUGCACCGUUGGCAGAGACCAUGUGGUUCAGACUUACCUUGAUCGCCUGGGUGGGAGUGAUUCACGAAGCAACUUGUAUCAUCUGGCCAGUCUCGUUGCAAGGUGGGCACAGCGACAACUGGGUCUUUCGACUGCGCGAAGCAUUCGAGUUUCUGACGAUUGCGUUCGCUAUCCUGCUGGCUCAAGGCGUUGUGCUUCAGCUCAUUGGCAUACAGUACGUGCAAGGGUAUAUCGGACCCCGCAGUGAGCAUGCCAUGGAUGAGUUGGAAACUUUGCAACGGCUGAAUGGACUUCUUCGGCCACGAAAACGACAUGCCAAAAGGGCACUGUUCCUGAAAUUUCUUCGGAAGAUAUUCCUCCCUCGCGAAAGUGACAUCUUUAACGAGAUUCGCCAGGGUUGUGGAACUGAAGAAGAAGUCAUCGGCUAUGCUGCCAUCCUGUGGACGAGCGUUGCCAGUACUCGGAAACAGAUCACCAGAGCCGACAUUUGCCAGCGUUUAGUUCAGCUUGGUCGCGAUCCGGAUAUCGGACAGGAUCUGUUCCUCCAGCUCGAUCGCAGCGGUGAUAACGUCGUUACUCGGCAAGAGUUUGAAGACCUCGUGGUACUGGCCGCAGCACAACUGAAGAAGCGUGCCGGUGCCAUGAGGGGCAUCACGCUUUUGCUGCGAAAAUUGGAGGCGAUUCUGUGUAUCCUCGUAUUUGGACUGAUCAUGUUCAUCUAUACCGUCUUCUUCAACCCCGAUGUCGCCAAGAACAUUGCCUCGCUGUGGACUGGGGUCAUCGCGUUGUCGUUCGCCUUUGCAGGACCCGUGGCCGAGCUUGUCAACUCGUGCGUAUGGGUGUUCGCUAAACACUCAUAUGACGUCGGUGAUCUCGUCGAAGUAAAGGGUAAGAAGCUAGAGGUGCGCCAAAUCUUUCUCACACACACCAACUUCGAAGAGGCGGUAGAUGGCCGAACGCCAAUUGACCGACCGAUUGGUAAGAAGGUGGUCCAGGUCAGUCACUCCAGUCUCAAUGGCGAGGUGAUUGUCAACUGGACGAGGAGUGAGGAUGCUUUUGCUGAGCAUCUCGUACCGACAGGCGGGACGUGGAGGGAUGUCUGA